AUGAAUGCGGCCAGACAGCGGCGGAUGACCAGUAACUCCCGUCAUUCACGGCAAGUUGGGGGCCCUGCCCACCCAGUUGACUUCUGACUUCUGAUAGUUACCUUUAUAACGCCGAAUCUCGACCGUUCAUUCCAAUCAGACGGCUGACAUCUUCCGAUGAAAAUAACGCACAUUCAUUACCCGCACGUCUUCGAUAUUCGACGGCUGAUAACGGACCGUUAGAGAGAGAAAAGAGAGAGAGAGGGGAUAAAGGGGGCUUCGGUUCUUAACCUGAUUUAGUCUUCUCCGGAUUCCCCUAGGGAUUAGGGUUCCGCCGCGGCCGCCGGCGCCGGGGCAUGCUCUGGUCUACCCCGUCCAUGUGUUCCUCGGAGCCUCCCCUCUCCUGCUUUCAUAUUUUUAGUGCCGCCAUUACUGCCGCCCAGAAAGAGAGAGGAGAGAGAGAGAGAGAGAGAGAGAGUCCACGGGGAGACCUACAAGGGUUGACUGACACAAGUCGGCAAUUAGUUUACAGUAUGACGGUCUGAAACAGCGACUGUUCUUCGUCAUCUUCUUUUUUCUUCCUCUUCGUCCUCUUCUUCUUCUUCUUCUUCUUCUUCUUCAUCUUCAUCUUCCUCUUCCUCUUUCUUCUUCUUCUUCGUCUGAAACAGCGGAUUUCUGAGGGAGAGCAGUCAUCCCAGGCCGGAGAUAGGAGCGAAAAGCUUGCCGAAGAUCGCGGGUCUCUGUCAACCCCCACGAUCUCUCCAUUGUUUCGCGUGAUGCUCAGGUUCUCUCUCUCUCUCUAAAAGUAGGGGCACUGUGGAUUAAUAAGAGGGGCGUGGCCGGCAUAGUCAUGGCGUGAGCCCAUCUCUCUCUCUCUAUCUCUCUCUCUCUCUCUCUUAGGCAGCACCCACCCAACCCCACCGCUCAAAUCAUUCCGAGGCGGUGGGGAAGGAACCGCGCGAGAUUAUCGGUGGGCACAGUCGGCGGCGACGGUGGCGUGGAAGGAGGGUAUCUCCUUCCCUCUCAACGUGUCCUUCCAUCGCUCUCUCUCUCUCUUCUUGUUCCUCCGUCUCUCUUCUCCAAUAACUACACAGACCCUCCUCUCUCUCUCUCUCUCUAUCGAUCUAUCCAUCUUCUUUCUCCGUCUCUCUUCUCCCACUCUGGAGAUCAUUGGUGCCCCCUCCUCCGAUAACGAGACAAAUCCUCUCUCUCUCUCUCUCUAUCUCUCUUUCUAUCUAUCUAUCUAUCUAUCUCCUUGCUCCGUCUCCUCCGAGAAGUAGACAAAUCCUUUUCUUUCUAAUCGCUGUCUGUGACGUUUCCUUCUUGGGUUGGGUUUCCUUCUCCCCUCCAUCUUCUUCUUCCCCAGCUUGCUUCCGCCAUGGGUCCUGACUGGAAAUAAUAAUCCGAGGGUUGACGCAGGUUUCCCCUCGAUUUCUCCAUGGAGUAGGUGAAGAAGAAGAAGAAGAGCGAGAAAGCGUCUGGCGUCAUCGUCUUCUUCCUCCCUUACAGAGAACUUCCCCUUCCUCAAGAAAAAACCAGACGGACAUGGCGGAAGCCCAGGUUGUCCUCUCUCUCUCUCUUGCAAUCGUCCUCCUCCUGGGAAAACAACUGUUCCAUUAGAAAGUCGCUGAAGCUUAGCCCAACUCUCUCUCUCUCUCUCUCCCUUUCUGAUUUUGCAGAGACCUGACGGGGGUUAUCUUCUGGAUAUGGAGGAGCUAUCGAUGCUCGUUGACUCCGAGGGGAACGGCGCCGCCGCCGCUCGAGCGCCGGUGAGUGAUCCAACAGCCUGUCAAAUCCUCUGUUUCCGGGCUCUCUGAAAGUCCCUUCCGUUCUCUGCAACCGCUUCCUCCACCAUUUAAGCCCCUGCAGAAGACCCUCUCCAGGAAGCCCUCUCACAGAGCCGACAGGACGGCGCCUGACGACGGCGGCGGCGCCACUAGAGGUCAGUCCCCUUCGAUUCCCCUUCUCGCCGUUGACCUCCGCACGACGGCGGCCGCCGCAUCAUAUUCUCUCUCUCUCUGGAUCUCUCCUGGCCUGUUGGAGGGAGGGUUAAUAACUGCGGCUAAGCUGGCCCACAUGCACGCAGGUGGCGCCGCGUUGCCUCCCGCCACCGCCGCCUCUGCAGCGGCGGCGGUCUCUGACAAGUUCGUUGUCGUGGAGCUUGCUCCACAAGUGGGCGCCGCCGUUAUGAGUGUCUCGCCGUCGCAGGGGCGGCGGACCCACGGUCGGCGUGCCGCCGCCCCUUGGCUCCACCCGCGGCGUGUCCUCGUCUUCUUCGCCACUUUGUAAGUCAAAAUCUUCUCUCUCUAUUAUGUUAAUGUUCGUCUAUAUGCCACGUGGCAUCAGCCGCCGCUCCAGGACGAACAGGGGCGUGGGAAUGUGGGGCCCGCCAUUAGAAGUAAUCUCUCUGUGGCAACGAUAAAUAUACGAAUCGGCUUCAAUCAAUUAAGUGGGGCCCACGAAAACCCUAGUUUCUCCCUAGGCGCCCAUGUGGGCCCCUUAACCUCCCUUCUUCUUCUUCUUCUUCCUCCCUCGUCUCUGAAGACCUUCCGUUCUGCGCAGGUCAAGCAUGGGGACGAUCCUUCUCCUCUACUUCACGCUCUCCAUGGGGAAGAUGGGCGAGGGCGAUGCUGACUCAAGGUGA